CCGGUGAAGGUCCACAGCUCCCUCACAGAGCACGGAUGCGUCCCUCAGAGCCCCAGCGCAGCCCCCUCCCAGCAUCACGGUGUGGCACAGGGAUGCGCUGCUCUGGCUCCAGCACAGCGCGGUGGCUCUUUCUCUUCUCUAGGCACCACGGGGCCCAAACCCUGGGGUGUGCUUCUCCUGCCUCCCUGCCUGCAGGGAGUUCCGUGGCAGUUCCGUGUAGCCCUGCCCCCCCUCCAGCUGCUGUUCCUGCAUGCGGCUCCGCACCUCUGCAGCUGGGCGAUGCCUGGCACCUGCUGGUCAGAAGCAUCUCCUCCUUUCCUGGCAGCGCAUCACCACACUGCAGCCCACUGCCUGCUGCCUUGCCUGGGGCAAAAACACUACAAAUAAACACAAAUCAAAUAAAAAGUGUAGGAACGGAGAAGCUGAUAGCAAGGAGGAAUACGAGUCAGACAAGAAUAGUCAGUGUAGGAAAGCUGACCUGGGAAAGAGAAGGACAGAGAUGCUGUCAGCAGAGCUGCUCCAGAAGGAGGAGAUUUCUAGAAAGUGAAGGAGGAAGAGCAUCCCUCACCCUGCAGUAGCACUGACAUGCUGGGGAGCAGGCUGCAGGCAGGGUGCUGAGCUGGGCACUGCUGGGCAGGGCCAGCCCAGAGCAGGGACAGCGUGUCCUACACAGAGCCCUGCUCCCUUCUGACACCUGGACUGUGCUGGAGGCAGCCAGAGGGCACAGGCAGUCUUGUGGCUGGGUGACCAAAUCUGCAAAUCUGGGACAGAGCGGGUGGUGGAGAAUGGCUGCAGCCUUGGGACUUUGCUUUCCCACAUCUCCAGCAUUCACUGAUGGCCCAGAGGAUGGCAAAUAGUGGUGCUGACUGGGUACUGCUGUCAUCUUCUGGGCCACGGGAGAGCCAAGGGGCAAACACACUGCAAAACUCAUCACUGCUCACCUGUCCCUAAAAGAGCGGGGCACGAGCAUCCUUCCUAUGGAGAUGCUGCCGCAGGAGCCAACAGGUUUUUGUUUGUACAGUUUAAUCUUUUUUUUUUUUUCUGGGCAGAAUACUCUUGGAGAGUUGUCAACUAUGCUGCUGCUGGCACGGCAUGUGUAAGAAAGGAAUGUCACGUCUGUGAGGCAGUGUCAGCUCACAGUGCAAAGGCUGUGCAGACCCCCAGGGCCUCCUAAGCUGUGGGCUGAGCAGGGCUUCCCAUGGGUUGGGCAACAGAAAAUCUCUUUUUCAUGGAAAUAUGUUCUUCAGAUGAAAUACUUGCUGGGAUCCUUGGGUGACUCUAGAUUUGGCCCCAUGCAUGGGGUAUGGCUAGCAAAGCAAAUCUAUAUUGCUUCAAAACCAGUGGCGCAGGUAUGUAGAUGUUCAAGCUUGUUAAAAGAUCCACUGGCAACGACAGCGCUCGGUGCGUGCUGCAGUGCUGCCCAGCGGGCUGCCCAUGCUUUGUGCUGGCUGCUGUGGGGCAGCAGGGAUGUGGGUCCCUGACAGGCAGCGCACACCUCAGGGCAGCUCUGGCCUCGUGGCAGCACGCAGAGCCAAUCCUUUCUGCUGCAUGAGCAGAGUCCUUACAGUCUGCCCUCGUGCACAACAAAUGCAUCCACUUCUCUCAAUCCCUGUUCUUGUUCUUGUCUGCUAGAAAGUGCUUGACUAAUUAAAAGAUGCCCGUGAUACUGAGCCCAUCUGACACUAGGAAGCUGCCCUAAUGGCUAAUUGCCAUCACUGUUUAAGACAUGAUGUAUUGUCUGCGAGGCUUCAUACCUGAGCAGGUAGGUGUAGGUGCUCUGUUUGAGCAGAGAUUGGACCAGAUGACGUCCAGAGGUCCGUUUCCAACCUCAACCAUUCCAUGAUUCUGUGAUUCUGAGACUUAACUGUAUGGCUGAAAUGCCAUUUCUUGCUAGACUUCAGCUUGAACAUUCAAGUGUUUCCCUUAACUUUCUCUUUAAGAAGCAAUUAAAUCUGCAUCUCCCCAAUGCAUGUUCCUGUCUGUUCUCCCAUUGCUCCCAGGUAAACUUGCUCUCCUCUGCUUUUUUUUUUACCCACUGGCUUUGCAAGCAGCUCUGCACCUCCCAGAUCUCUCUACAAGCAGAAGUAGGAAGGCCCUAUCCCUGACAGUGGCCCCAAUGGGGAGAGGUGCUGCAGGACCAGCAGUGCCCCCUCACUGCACCCAGUGCUGGGCAGGGCAGGCAGGCACAGGGCAGGCUGUGUGCCGCUGCAGCCUCCAGCUCGUGUCACACACUGGUGCCCAACAGCCUCCCAAACCUGCAAGAGGCAGAAGUAGAAAUGCUCAGAAACACCAUGGAGCUUGCUGACAGCAGAUCUGUGUGUCCUGCAUUCGGUUCUGUUGUAUGAGCCAGCAAUGCCCCGGCUCACUGGUGAGCAUUCCUGUCAGCAGACAGCCCUCAGGGCUGCUCCGUGAUGUGCUUUCUUUGUCUGGACUUUCCCUUUACAAGGUCGUGGGAUUGGUGUUUUCCAGUGGAGGCCACACAAGGUCUCUGUGAAACGGUCUGUGCCAUCACGGGCAUCCCCACAGGUUGUGUUCCUGACCACAGCCGCUGGCGGCGAUGCUGCCUCAUCCUGGGCUCAGCUGGGAUGGAGUUAAUUUUCUUCCUGGUAGCAGGCAUGGUGCUGUGCUCUGGAUUUAGGAUGAGGAUAAUGGUGAUAACACACCAGGUGUUGUUUUUUAUCAGCGCGCACACUGAAUUAAAGACUCUCAGUGAGGGGCUGGAGAGCAUAGGGAGCUGGGAGAAGGCGCAGCCAGGACAGCUGAUCCCACCUGCCAAAGGGAUGUUCUGCACCGUGUGGCACUGUGCUGUACAAUAGGACUGGAGAGGUUGGCUGGGGAUGGCUGUGCUGCCGGGAGGGGGGUGAGGGGGGGCCUGGCCAUUAGUGGGUGGUGAGCAAUUACGUUGUGCAUCACUUGUUUUGUGUAUUCUUUUGUUUUUAUUAUUUUAUCAUUCCUCCUUCUCUGUCUUACGUACUACCUUUAUCUCAAUCCACAAUUUUUACUUCUAUUUUAUUUUUUCCCCCAGUUCUCUCCCCAUCCCUUUGCUGCGUGGUGCAUGGCUGCCUGCUGGGUUAAACCAUGAUGUGCCUCCAAGUCCUGCCCUACUGCAAAGCGUGCAUUCUCUAUGUGUGGAGAGAGCUGCAUCAGUGCAUUUCAGCUGUAGUUUGAGUUGCUGCAGUGUUUAAAGGCAGAGAGAGCACCUUUUAUUGCUCCUCUUUUUACCUGCUUUGCCCUUUCACAGGUUUCUAUGGGAGGCCAUGGUCCAUGGAACAGAGGAAACUGCUCUUCAGAUGGCUGAAACGCUGGGGCCUGAACUGCUACAUGUACGCACCCAAAGACGAGCUGAAGCACCGGCUGCUCUGGAGAGAGCCUUACACACAGCAUGAGGCAGCCCAGAUGCAGUCUCUCAUCAAAGCUGCCCAGGAGCACGACGUGGAGUUCAUUUUCGCCAUUUCUGCUGGCCAGGACAUCGUGUUCUCAAGUGCUGGGGACAGGCUCCUGCUGCAGCAAAAACUCAGGCAGGUGGCCGCCCUGGGCUGCGGUGCCUUCGCGCUGCUUUUUGACGACGUCGAUCCCUGCAUGUGCCGCGCUGACAGAGACGUCUUCCCCUCCCUGGCACAGGCACAGGCCUCUGUGGCCAACGAGGCGUACCGGGAGCUGGGCCUGCCUCCCACCUUCCUCUUCUGCCCCACAGAGUACUGCAGCUCACUCUGCUCCCCCAGCCCCGCUCGGUCCCGUUACCUGCAGACCCUCGGCCGGGAGCUGCUCCCAGAGAUUGGGGUCAUCUGGACAGGCCCAAAGGUGGUGUCCCAGGAGCUCUCGGUCGCAUUGGUGGAGGAGGUGGAGCACGUCCUGCGGCGUCGCCUCCUCAUCUGGGACAACCUCUUUGCCAAUGACUACGACUGCCGACGUGUCUUCCUGGGCCCCUACACGGGCCGUGCCCCCGGCCUCGUGCCCCGGCUCUGUGGGCUGCUCCUCAACCCCAACUGCGAGCUCCAGGCCAACUUCAUCCCCAUCCACACUCUGGGCAGUUGGUUCCGCAGUGAGCUGUGGGGCUGUGCCCACACCGACAGCACAGGAACAGAGGCUUCAGCAGAGCCGGGGGACGGUCAGGGCCUGCAGGAAGGUUACAGCCCUCAGGAAGCUCUGGAGUUGGCACUGCUCGACUGGGUGGCCGAGAUAAAGCAGCAGGUGCUGGAGGCAGGAGGAAGGACUCUGCUGCAAUCCAGCGCUGGCUGCGAGGAAGAAGCAGGGCUGCAUCCUGGCACAGCAGGAGGGCAGGAGGCCCUACUUGGCCCGCAGCCUUGUGACACUGCUCCCAGUGGGGCAGACCAGCAUGAACCUGAGCCCUGUGACGUGACAGCAGGGAACAGAAAGAGGAAGGCAACCUCAGUGCCAGAUGAUGGCAAUGGGAGCAGGACCUCCACCGGUGGCCCACGGAGCCCUGCAGAGGAUCGGGACCGGCUCGCUUCAGGUAGCAGAGCGAGCUGUGAGCCCUCCUCCGCUCUGCCCAUCACAGCAGGGAGUGAUGGGUGGGCAGGAGCUCCUGGUGAGACCCUCUGCAGCCUGGGGACACCAACAUGCUGCAGCAGCAGGGCCAGCACUGGCCAAAGCACUCCCCUGGACAGCAGCAACGUCAGGGAAAGGGGCAGCAGCCCUCCCGGCAGUCCCCAGCCUGGGGCCAGCACUGCUGACGUGCUCCAUAUACCCUCAGGGUCUAGGGCUGACCCCAGCCCUGGCCCCAUCUCACAGCUUGUUGAUGGGGCCGCCACCAGCCCUGUCCCCACAGCACUGCUCACUAACGGGACUGCCGUAAGCCCCGGCUCCUCUGUGCCACUGAUCUCAGAAGAGGCUAGGUCUGACUCCAGUGCCCCACUGACCAUGGAGGAGGCGCGGAUGCUGGUGGAGCUCUUCUACCUGCCCUACCAUCAUGGGCCACAGGCGCAGCAUCUCUUGGAAGACCUUCGGUGGCUCCGGGCCAACAGUCCCAGCAUGGGAGUCCCCAGCAGAUCACCAGACUCCUGUGUGGUUGCACAGUGGCGCAGCCAGGCCCGCUCCUUCCAGCAGCUCUGUGCCCAGACGUGCUGCCUGCACGGCCGCUUCGUCCGCAGUGCGGGGCAGGCGCUGCUCUACGACCUGCACCCCUACCUGUGGGACAUCCGCAACCUGCUGCUGGCUGCCAGCGCCUUUGUGCUGUGGUUGGAUGGCCACCUCCUGUGUGACCCCGAGCACAAGGGCACCUGGGGAAGCUGCUUUGUCUGGUGCCAGAGCAUCACUGCCCCGCUCUUCCCAGGGGAGGACGCUGAGCCCUGGGUGCACCGUGGGGGCCUCUCCGGAGAGCUGCAGGCACUGCUGCCCGUGGGGAACAGCUGUGACCUCUUUUGCCAUCCACCUCCGCUCUUCCCAUCCCGACAGCUGUACUUCCUGCGCCCGCUGCUGCCCCAGGACAAGGGAAAGCUGUACCAAAUGUUCCGGGAGGGUCUGGACGGUGAGCCCAGCACUGUGGAGGUCCUCGCGGCCCACCCUGACCUACUGGGCGAUAGGGCGCUGGGCAGCUUCCUGAGCCUCAGCCCUGAAUACACCUUCGUGCUGGAGGAUGAGGGCGGCCCCUGUGGCUAUGCAGCUGGAGCGCUCUGUGCUGAACGAUUCCUGCGAGAGCGCGACAGCAGCUGGCUGCCGGCCAUGCAGCGCAGGUACCCCCGGGAGCUGGGGGUCCUGGGACAGGGUGUCCUGGAAGAAGCGCUGCUCUUCUUCCACACGAAGCCGGUGGCUGUGCCGCUGCCCGUGCUGCGACGCUUCCCCUCCCUGGUGCAGCUGGACACGGCCCCGCGGGUGCAGGAUGCGGGUGCCAGCCGCAGUCUGGCUGUAAGCCUGCUGAGCGCCCUCAGAGCCGACGGCUCACGGGGUGUGUUUUGCCAAGUCAGUGCUGCAGACCACCAGCAGCUGAGCUUCUACAGCAACCUGGGCUUCAUCGCGCUGCCCUUGCCCUGUCCCAGCUCCCCUGGCACGCAGCUCCUGGGACGUCUCCUCUGAGCGAGCAUCAGGGGCAGGCAUGGGGCAGCACCACGGGGCCCCGUCCUACACAGGAUCGCUGGAGGGAUCGGGAGUGUGGAGCUUCUCGGGCCAGGCAGGGAUGUGGGAGCGUGGCCUGGGGGUGAGCGAGGUGCUCCUGGGGUGUGCGCCAGGCUGUGGGCUGUUGGGCAAGAGAGAAGCAUUUCUGCCCUUUAGGGAGAUAUGGGCACUGGGGACCUUCACUCUUGCUGGCUGAGCACCCUGAGCACCCUGAUGCUGUGCAGAGCUCCCAGCCUACAAGUGUGGGGUGGUGGUCCUGGAGCACAGCACGGUAGUGUGCCAGUCCUGUGGAUGGGGCUGCCCAGCUCUCCGUUCCUGGGUGUGGGCCCAGGCUGAGAGGCUGGGGCUGGUGCUGGUUCUCGGCACCCAGGAGCUGCCUUGGAUCAAGCUUGCACGGGGCACAGUGAGGCAGACCCAAUUCUGCUGCCCGAGGACUGAAGAAGUGCUAUCCUUGGUAAUAAAGCAUUUGCUGGCCUCAUUGUAGGUAAUCUCAUGGGGAAAGCAUUGGGAUACCACCGACUCUUUCCAGCAAGCCAUAGCUGCCAGCCACCCAGCCCCGUGCUUGCAGCCAGCACAGAGGGACCUCGGCUGCAGCGGCAGCCACAGCUCCGCCUCCAGCUGCUCCCCGGCCUCGGACCCCUCACCACAAUGAGGAACGGCCCCAGUGCUGGCAGCGUGCGCUCAGCCAGGGUCCCCGCACCUCCUCUGCAGGAUGGGAUCCCCUGUGGCAAUGGCUCCGUUUUGGGUCUGUGGGAGCUCCUGCUGCCAGCAGGGCUGUAGAAAGAACGUCUGUCUGUCCUGCUACGGUCGUGGGGAAAGAGUUUGGAAGGAGGGAUGGAGGGACGAAGUGCUCACGGGAGGCUCCCCCUCGGUAGCCGCCCCGUACCCAUAGGGCAGGGAAGAGGCUGAAAAGUGGCCGAGGUACCCGGAGCGGCGGGGACGUGGGCAGUCCCUGCUUUCCCCGUGCCUGGACAGGACGCGCUGCUCUGUGCCCGACAGCGGCUCCGAGGGGCGGCUGCAGCCGGUUCUGGUCCCGGGGCGAUCGUGGGUCCCGGGGCGGAGAGAG